ACCAAUAUCCAAGAGAACAUCUAACCGACCCGAACCCAAUUAAUACGUUCUUCUUCGACCCCGAUGUCGAGCCGGCUUAAUGCGCAGACACGAUUCGAAGUGCAAAGUCGGAACUGAGAAGCUCUAAGGUUGAAGGUUUCUCCUUUAGACUACUAUUCUAAUGUUAGUCCGCUCCAUCCGCACUUACCUCGCCGCCGUACGACAUUUCUCGGCUGCAGCAUCGGCGGCGGAGAAAGCUUCAACGACAUGCGCCGUCGCCAAGAACAGUGGUGGCGGAGGCCGAGACACCUUGGGCAAAAGACUUAUGAGCCUGGUGUACCCAAAACGCAGCGCCGUAAUUGCUAUCAGCAAAUGGAAAGAGGAAGGUCACUCUGUCCGCAAAUACGAGCUUAAUCGUAUAGUUCGGGAGCUCCGUAAGCUGAAGCGUUACAAACACGCCCUAGAGAUAUGUGAAUGGAUGACCUUACAACAAGAUAUCAAGUUGGUACCUGGUGACUAUGCUGUUCACUUGGACUUGAUUGCAAAAGUUCGUGGAAUAAAAAGUGCAGAAAAGUUUUUUGAGGAUCUUCCUGAGAAGAUGACUGGACAGGCUACCUGUACAGCUCUACUUCACACCUAUGCCAAGAACAACUUGUCCUCCAAAGCCGAAGCUCUAAUGGCUAAAAUGUCAGAAUGUGGUUUCUUGAGGAAUCCCCUUCCUUAUAACCACAUGCUAUCACUGUACAUCUCCAACGGGCAACUAGAGAAGGUUCCUAAAAUGGUUGAGGAAUUAAAGAAGAAUGCUUCACCAGAUGUUGUUACUUACAAUCUAUUGCUUACUGUUUGUGCUUCACAAAAUGAUGUUGAAACAGCAGAAAAAGUUCUUGUUGAGCUAAGGAAGUCGAAGAUUAAUCCUGACUGGGUGACAUAUAGUUCCUUAACCAAUUUGUACAUAAAAAAUGCUUUCACUGAAAAAGCAGCAUCUACUUUAAAGGAGAUGGAGAAAAUGGUGUCUCGGAAAAACCGAGUUGCAUAUUCAUCUCUUCUCAGUUUGCAUACAAACAUUAGAGAUAAGGAUGGUGUUUGCAGAAUCUGGAAGAAAAUGAAGUCAUGCUUUCGCAAAAUGAAUGAUGCUGAGUAUACUUGCAUGAUAUCUUCUCUUGUGAAAUUGGAAGAGUUCAAGGAAGCUGAAGAUCUUUAUAAUGAGUGGGAAUCCAUUUCUGGGACAGGUGAUGCUAGGGUUCCUAAUAUACUCCUUGCAGCUUAUAUAAACAGAAACCAAAUGGAAACGGCUGAAAUUUUUUACGAUCGGUUGGCUGAGAAAGGCAUCAAUCCUUGUUACACUACCUGGGAGCUUCUUACAUGGGGCUAUCUAAAAGAAAAGCAGAUGGACAAGGUGCUAGAUUAUUUUAAGAAAGCUGUGAAUAGUGUGAAAAAGUGGGAUCCCGAUGACAGGUUGGUUAGAGAAGUAUUUAAGAGACUAGAGGAGCAAGGCAAUGUGGAAGUGGCAGAGCAAAUGUUGGUAAUUCUUCGGAACGCUGGUCAUUUGAAUACUGAAAUAUAUAAUUCCAUCCUACGAACUUAUGCAACAGCUGGUAAAAUGCCACUCAUAGUUGCAGAGCGUAUGGAGAAGGAUAAUGUUGAGCUUGAUGAAGAAACUCGCGAGUUAAUAAAGAAAACUAGCAAAAUGCGUGUGAGUGAAGUGACAUGCAAUUUUUCUUAAAUUUUGAAGUAGAAACAGAGAUCUACAUUUGACAUUAAUGAUAUCCUUUUUUUUUCCAAAUCAAGUUAAUUGCAGUAGUA